AUGCAAGUCUUCCUUAAGACUCCCACCGGCAAGACAGUCACCCUAGAGGUCCAGAACACGACGACUAUCCUCGAGUUCAAGAGGAUGGUCGAAAAGAAGACCGGAUGCCCUGCAUCAUGCCUCAGACUUAUUUGGGCUGGGAAGGAGCUCGCAUGCUCAAUCGAGGAUGAUGAGGAGGAGGAAAAAGAGCAGCGGACUUUUGACUCGUACGGCAUCGGAAACCUCCGUGGCGGUACCGACACCUACGAGGUCGAGCCGACAACUACCAUCAGGGAGUUCAGAACCGAGAUCGAGAAGAAAACUGGCGUUCCACCUGGCUGUCAGAAAAUCGUCUUUGCAGGCAAGCAUUUGGGAGGCCAGGCUGAUGACGAUGAAGAUGAGAGAAAAGAGCGGACGAUCGAGUCGUACAACAUUCAAAAGGAGGCCACAGUCCAUGUGGUGCUCCGUCUAAAAGGAUCUUAA